AUGAGCGAGAACCGGAGACCAAUUCCCCCGCCAUCCCGCAUGGUUCGCAAAUUCCUCGAAUACAAGGCUUCGGAAGAUCCAACGUUAUAUUUCCCAUCCCAAGCCAGGUCCCCUAGAUCUUCUGAAACAGACUGGCCGCAGACGCCUUUCAGUGAAGGUUAUUUCUUCUUCUAUGGGACACUGAUGGACUCCUCCACUCUUGCCAAAGUUCUGCAAUUGUCUGAGCCUCCACAAAUGCGACCAGCCAGAGUGAUCGGCUACACGACUAAGCUCUGGGGAAAGUACGCAGCCCUUGUCAGUGGAAAGCCAUUUCAACCAAUUGACGGCUUAGCCUACGAAAUUCGUCUACGGGAGGAGUGGGAUCGGCUUCGUGCCUACCAUUCCGAUCAUUAUGACCUGGUACCUAUUUUGAUUGACUUUCUUGACACCGGAGAACAGGAAGUCGAGGGAUUUGCCUUUGAGUGGAGGGGUGACCCCGAAGAGUUGCGAAAUGGGAGCUUUAGCCUUGAAAAGUGGCUGCAGGAACGGAACUUGACCGGAUCAAAAUAA